UGAGAGACGUCAAUCAGAGAGCCCACCCACUCUGCCCAUUCUCUCCUCUUCCUCUUCCACAGCUGGUUCACUUCCUGUAGGGACUGAAAACCAAGUGAGGAGAUGAAGGAUUGCCCCAUACUACACCAGAGAAUACAGAGAGGAUAGACACUGCAGACCGAUUCUGACCAUCACUCAAGGAACAACUGCACAACUGUGGGAAGACAUCCAGUCCCUUCACAGCAUUGCUCAACACAGAAAAGGUUGGGCAGUGAAACCAACAUCUGGAAAUCAGUCGGGUCAGGGGAGCUUUGACAUAUCAUCAGAUCUGAAACUGGUCAGUGGUGUGGAGCCUUCCAUCAGAACCAAUCUUUCCGAAGAUUUGACUGUGGGCGAUCAUUCAGGGUGAGGCUGGGAAGAAGUGUGAGUGGGCUCCAGGUGUGGUGAGAGCUUCAAUUAUUUAUCGAGCCUCAUGAACCACUGACUCAUUCCUACAGGUGAGAGGCUAUUCAAGUAUGAGGAGGGCUCCAUAGGCUCAUAAGAUCUCCUAACACAGAGGGUGCAUCUUUUGUACCACCUGCAACACAAGGACAACUACAUGGAAGAGAAACCAUUUGAAUGUGAGGUCUGCAAUCGAGCUUUCGCACAUCCGUCGACAUUUGAGAAUCAUCGACGCAGUCACACUGGGGAGAAGCCGUUUGAAUGUGAGGUGUGUAACAAGAGUUUUGCACAGUUAUCAGGUCUGGUGAAACACCGGCUCAUUCACACUGAGGAGAAGCCAUUCAAAUGUGACGUGUGCAAUAAAUCCUUCUCUCAGUCAUGGGCCUUUGAUGCACACCGACGUAUUCACACAGGGGAGAAGCCAUUCACAUGUGAGGUGUGUAACAAAUCAUUCUCGUUAUCAUCAACUCUCCGCAGGCACCAACGCAUUCACACAGGAGAGAGACCAUUCACCUGUGAGGUGUGUGACAAAUCAUUCUUGGAGUCAUCUGAACUCCGCAAACAUCACCGCAUUCACAUGGGGUUGAAACCAUUCAUGUGUGAAGUGUGUGAGAAAUCAUUCUCGUCGUCAUCAGAUCUCCGCAAACACAUACGCAUUCACACAGGGGAGAAACCAUUUACCUGUGAGGUUUGUGAGAAAUCAUUCUCGUCAUCGUCAGAUCUCCGCAAACACGAACGCAUUCACACAGGAGAGAAACCAUUCACAUGUGUGGUCUGUGACAAAUCAUUCUUGAGAUCGGAGAAUCUCCGCGAUCACAAACGCAUUCACACACGGGAGAAACCAUUCAGGUGUGAAACGUGCUGCAAAUCAUUCUCACAGUCAUCGCAUCUCCUCCGGCAUCAGAGGAUUCACACAGGGGAGAAACCAUUCAAAUGUGAGGUGUGCAACAAAUCAUUCUCAGAUUCAUCGACUCUCCGCAAACACCAACGUGUUCACACAGGGGAGAAGCCAUUCAGGUGUGGUGUGUGUGAUAAGUCGUUCUCGAUGUCAUCCAGCCUCCUGCUCCAUCAGAGGAUCCACACAGGGGAGUAACCAUUUAAGUGCGAGGUUUGCAAUUAAUGCUUAUGAUGACUUUGAUUCAAUGUGACACCAGAGCUUUCACACAGGGAAAAUACUCUUCAGGUGUGACACAUGUACGGGAGUCCCCCGAUUUUCUGAAGCAACGGUGGAUCCACACUGAUGAGAAACCAUUCAGGUGUGAGGCGUGUGACAAGGCCUCACCGAUGAUACAACGGAUGGUAAAGGCCGAGAUGUUCAAUCCCAGAGGGAAAUAUGAAACAAUGUCAUAACCCAUUUUUUGCAAUUUGUAUGUUUCGAGAUGCAGGCUUCAGUAAUUCAAGACCACCGAGUCUUGAGAGGUUUUUAUAAAGCUAAAUUAAAUAUUUAUUAAUGCAAGAGAAAUUGUAAACAGAUACAUACGCCUACAAAAUUACUGCCAUAAUAACUACAAAAAUUCCCUAAUUAAUCUGACUCUCAGACCCCUGGUAAGGCAACAGUAAAUCUCAUAGAUUUAAAGAGACACCUGGCAAAGCACAACCUGGACAGUCGCAUUCAAAUUAGUU